CGAGUCAUUCUACCAAACCAGUGCCAUUUGGGUCCACAACGUUUGAUGAAGUGUAUAAGGCACAAAAAAUGUGCCAAAGUAUGUUUCUAAAGCUUAAAGCUUUUAAUUCCAUUGUUCUUGUUAACAUGAUAUAUGAGUAAAUACUAUAUUUUUUGAAAGUGACAUACUAUUUUUAAUCAUUUUCAUGAGUACAUGGCCAUUUUCACAUGUCCAUAUUGACCAACAUAACAUUUGCAUCCAAAAUAUCACCAAAUACAAUUCAGAUUUUUAUCAAACCUUUAUUAUUUCCACGAGUAUAAGUGUGUCACUGAUUCCUUAAAAUGUAUUUAUUCAAGAUAAAAACAUUCUUUUUGGUAAAAAUUGUAUUAUUUGUGUGCGUCCCUCAGUUUGUCUUACCACCCCGUCACACUCACCAGUUUUGUCUAUAAAUAACUGACUGUUGCUUUAAGUGACAUCACAAAGAGGAAGUGACAUAAUUUGAACCUCUGGAGCAGCCAGGAACAAAGAAGGCAAGUUCUGACAUUCUUUUUCAUUGGUUUUUUGUUGUUUUUUCAUCUUAGAUGAGGUCCGUCAAGCUCAACCCAACCACCCCGUCAUGCAAUAUUGAUAGGGAAAACAGUUUUUUAUUAAAAAAUUUACAUUAUUAAUGUAAAGAAAAUGAUAUUUUCAAUUGAAAGUAUACUCACUUAGGUCAGGAACUUGACCACUUGGAGAACAGCGGCCAUUUUAGGAUGAAAUUUACCACCCCGUCACAUACCACCCCGUCACAUGUUUUAUUGUGACGGGGUGGUAAGGGAUGUGACAGGGUGGUUCUUCUUCAACUCACUCACAAAAUUAUGUCCAAAUUAUGUUAUUUAAUUUAAUUAUUAUGGCACACAUUCAACAUAAAACAACAGUACUCCUACUGCAGAGAGUUAAAACAAAACAUGUCUAAAGAGGAGGCAGUGAUUCACAUUGACUUCUCUGAAAACUACACAUGCAAAUACAGUUCAGAGAUACAAGCUGUCCACUUUGGCUCCUCACACCAACAAGCUAAUCUGCACACUGGUGUUUUGUACAUUGGUGGUGAAAAAGAGCCCAUUUGCUUUUGCACUGUGUCAUCCUCCAAACACAAAAGCCCCCCAGCUAUAUGGGACCACAUGAAUCCGGUGCUGGAUUAUCUGCAAGCCACAUAUCCGCAGGUAUCAGUUCUACACUUUCUGAGUGAUGGACCAUGUACUCAGUACAAACAGAAAGGGAACUUCUUCCUUUUCAGUACAGAGCUUGCAAGACGUAGUCUGAAAGGCGGCACAUGGAACUUUUUUGAGGCAAGCCAUGGCAAGGGGGCCCCUGAUGGUGUUGGGGGGACCCUGAAAAGAACAGCAGACAAGCUGGUGACCAACGGCCGGGACAUACCUGAUGCCCGUGAGCUUUAUAAGGUCCUCAAAGAAAACACUUCAACUAUCAAGUUGUUUUAUAUUGAGAAUGAAGCAGUGGAGCAGGCAGUGGAAAGAAUGCCAGGCCAGAUCCCCCCAGUGCCAUCUACAAUGAGAACCCACCAGGUGGUAACAUUCACUCCAGGGGAGAUCUUUUACAGAGAGGUCAGCUGCAUGUGCUCCACUCACAAGCAGCUGAGAUGUCAGUGCUUCACAACAAAGCACUUCUCUUUUAACCAGACAGCCCAAAAGGGGCUGACAGAAGCCAUUGCUUGGGAGUCUGGAGAUCUCCUUGGGAAGUGGUGUGUUCUCAGAUAUGAUAAUGAUCUUUAUCCAGGGAUCAUCCUGAAUAUAGACGAGACGCAUGCCCUUGUGAAAUGUAUGCAUCGUGCUGGAGUCAACAGGUUCUUCUGGCCUGCAAGAGAGGACAUCCUCUGGUACCUCUUCGAUGAGGUGCUUGAAAUCAUUCGAGCACCUCAGCCUGUGACAUCCCGUCACAUGGAGGUUCAAAAAGAUGUAUGGAGGCGACUUUCCCAGUCCCUUUCAUGAUGCUUCCGAGGCUUUCAAGAGUUCCCCCUCUUUUUAGGAGCACCCUGAUAUAAUAUGCUCAUUUCUGAAUGUUCGGUCCAUGUUUCUUUUCAAAGAGUUAAAGUUAAAUUGUUCUUUGCCUUUGAACCAUUUUUCAUAAUUACUGUUAAAAUGUCCUUAAGGAGAAUGAAAUGCUAAUCAAAUUUUUGAAUAUUGCAUAUUUCAUGUUGUUAUUCACAUAUUAAAUGAUCAGUAUUUGCUAAGUUUAUUACAAGCAUAUGAAUAUACUUAAACUUUUCUAGUAAGUUGUUGUUUUGUUUUCUUGUUGUAUUAAUAAAUCCUAAUUUUUGAUAUGUGAUGUAUGAAUAUAUAUAUAUAUAUAUACAUGUGUAUAUGUGUGUGUGUGUGUGUGUGUAUAUGAAUAUAUUUUGGCUCUUGUAUCAUUAAGUCAUGCCUACUUUCAUAUCCAUUAUUUAUUAACAAAAUUAACAAAAGUGUCUAAUGUCACAAUACCAACAGAUCAUAUAAAAAGACAGUUUGUCCAUACCACCCCGUCACAGUGAACCACCCCGUCACAGCAAUAACCACCCCGUCACAGGGUCAUCUUGUUAAAAAAUUGAUGGAAACAGUGAAAUGCUUCAUAAAUUAAUGUUGAAUAACGUUCUUGUUUUGUGGACUAAUCAAAGGACUAUAAGUUUUAUUUCAAAUUUUGAAGUCGGUCUAUAUUUUUUGCAAAAACAAUGACACCGUUGACAUGUGAAAUUCAUAUUUCACGGCUAAUGAGCCUAAAAAUGAAAAAAAAACAGAUUAAAUUACAUACUGUAUUGAUGGUUUCCAAAAAAGGACAUUUUACUAGCAGCAAAACAUUAGAUUUUUUAAAUUUAUUUAAUGUACCAUCACUCAAGUAGUGUACAUAUUGUCCGUGACGGGGUGGUACAAAAAUGGCUACAAGGUCUAAAUAAAAAGGAUAUUAUUAAUAAGGAUUUUAUGUCUGAGGUGGGAAAAUAUGUUUUCUUGGAGGAUUAAUAUGUCUUUCAUGUUGUGGAUUUUGAAAAAAGGAGUUUGCUCUGCAUGAAAAUUUUACAAAUUGCAAAGUGGAAAUGGCACCUGUUUCGGAGAAUGACUCUAACACCAACACCUCCACAGCUACAACAAAUAGGAGAAUUAAAUGUGGACUGUUAAGCGUUAGAUCUCUCUCAUCUAAAGCUGUACUAGUAAAUUAGUUAAUACUGGACUAUAAUAUAGAUUUAUUUUGUUUAACCGAAAGCUGGCUUCGGCCAGAAGAAUAUGUCAGUUAAAAUGAAUUCACUCCCAGUAGCGGUUUCUCAUAUGGGCGAAUUGGGCGGCCGCCCGGGGCGGCACUUUGCUGGGGGCGGCAUGUGAGGACCUCCGCCCCGCCCACCCAAAAAAAAAAAAAAAAGGAUUAAAAAAAAAAAAAACUUAAAUAAUUAAUUAAUAAUUGGCGCCCCCUGGCGUUGUAAUUACGCCCCCCGAGAGCGCCGCUGCAGUUACUGCAUCUCUGCAAGAGGGGGGUGGGUGUGGAGGUAGGGUCACUCACCGAGGUCAAACCACUGGAAUAAGGAGGAGGGGGAACGGGGAUCCUCCUAAUUGUUCCACAGUUAUGGAAUCAAAAAGCACUCAAAGUAAAUUUCAUUCAUAACACUAGAUAAUUGCCUACUGUAGGCCUAUUUCAAAUUCCAUACACUCUUGUUUAUCGUCUGUGGGUUGUGCGAAGGCCAAUAAUACAGCCUUACUAUUCAAAAAUGAGAUGAGUGGAUGAGAUCUGUACACCACCAAUGUGUUGGUUUAGUCCUGACCCCUGCUGUCCGUCACGUCAGAGGGCAUUGGCAUGAGCGUAACCUGUUGAUUCCCGAGGCGACUCCGGUACAGGUAAUAAACACAAUGGACAGAAAAAGGCCAAAGCUAUCGGGUGCUUAUUUCAGAAAGAAAAGGAAAGAAGAAGAGGAGAAACGGUCCAAAAAUAAAGGAUGAGUCUCCAGCAACAGAGGCCUCAUCUGUAGCAGAGGAUCAGG